AUGAACAAUUUCAAGUUAGGUGUGGAUGUGGUUAGUGCUCACAAUCUGUUACCUAAAGAUGGGCAAGGGUCAUCGAGUGCUUUUGCAGAACUUUAUUUUGAUGGCCAGAAGUUUCGCACCACAAUCAAAGAAAAAGAUCUGAACCCAGCUUGGAACGAGAGCUUCUACUUUAACAUAUCUGAUCCUACAAAUCUGCACUAUCUCACUCUUGAUGUCUAUCUCUAUAACCAUAUCAGAGGUUCCAGCUCUAGCUCGUUUCUGGGGAAGGUAAGCCUCUCUGGAACUUCAUUUGUACCUUACCCUGAUGCUGUUGUGAUGCAUUAUCCUCUAGAGAAGCGUGGCAUUUUCUCUCGUGUUCGUGGAGAGAUUGGAUUGAAAGCCUACAUCACGAAUGAUGCAGCCAUAAAGUCCUCAAUUCCAGUUGCUUCAUCAGAGUCCAAUAAUACAACUAACUCAGUUCAUGCAGACGCUCAUGCACCUGCAAAUCCUAUCACAAACACUUUGCCUAGAGAGAAGGUUGGGGCAAGGCACACAUUUCAUCAUCUUCCUAAUCCGAAUCACCACCACCAUCAUGAUCAAUCUUCUGCCUUACCAGCGGACGCUCAUUAUGUAACAAAAUAUGAAGCUGACGCAAUGAAAUCUGAAGCAGUUCCACCUCCAAAGCUGGUUCGUAUGCACUCUGCUGCAUCAGUACAACCAGUGGAUUAUGCUCUGAAAGAGACAAGCCCUUUCCUCGGAGGGGGAAGAGUUGUGGGGGGUCGUGUCAUCAGGAAAGAUAAGGCAGCCAGUACAUAUGAUCUUGUCGAACGGAUGUAUUUUCUCUAUGUGAGGGUAGUGAAGGCUCGUGAUCUUCCUGCUAUGGAUGUUACAGGGAGUCUUGAUCCAUUUGUUGAGGUGAGAAUUGGAAACUAUAAAGGUAUUACCAAACACUUCGACAAGAACCAGUUUCCAGAGUGGAAUCAAGUGUUUGCUUUUUCAAAGGAGAGGAUGCAAGCAUCUGUGCUAGAAGUUGUGAUCAAGGACAAAGAUCUAAUGAAAGAUGAUUUUGUAGGCAUCGUUAGAUUUGACAUCAAUGAAGUUCCUUUAAGAGUUCCACCAGACAGCCCUUUAGCUCCAGAAUGGUGUCGACUUGAGGAUAAGAAGGGAGAGAAGGUUAAGGGGGAACUGAUGCUUGCAGUGUGGAUUGGUACUCAAGCAGAUGAAUCUUUUUCUGAUGCAUGGCAUUCAGAUGCAGCUUUGCCCAUUGACACUACACCUACUGUCUCCACAGUGAUUCGCUCCAAGGUCUACCAUGCACCAAGAUUAUGGUAUGUGCGUGUGAAUGUUGUGGAGGCACAAGACUUGGUUCCUACAGAGAAAAAUCGCUUCCCUGAUGUGUAUGUGAAGGGCCAAAUAGGACACCAAGUGCUGAAAACAAAAACAGUUGCAGCCAGGUCUCUAAACCCACUCUGGAAUGAAGAUCUUUUGUUUGUUGCUGCUGAACCUUUUGAAGAUCAUCUAGUACUUUCAGUGGAAGAUCGUGUUGGACCUGGGAAAGAUGAGAUCAUCGGGAGGGUGACAAUCCCACUGAAUGCCAUAGAGAGACGUGCUGAUGAUAGAAUCAUACAUUCAAGAUGGUUCAAUCUGGAAAAGCCAAUCGCAGUUGAUGUUGAUCAGUUGAAGAAAGAAAAGUUCUCUAGCAGAAUCCACCUUCGUGUCUGUCUAGACGGAGGGUAUCAUGUUCUUGAUGAAUCAACUCAUUACAGUAGCGAUCUCCGUCCCACAGCGAAACAACUAUGGAAGCCACCAAUCGGAGUCUUAGAACUUGGAGUGUUGAACGCUGUAGGACUCCAUCCUAUGAAAACAAGAGAUGGAAGAGGCACUUCUGAUACAUACUGUGUAGCAAAAUAUGGUCACAAAUGGGUCAGAACAAGAACCAUGGUUGAUAAUUUAUGUCCAAAAUACAACGAGCAAUAUACUUGGGAGGUUUUUGACCCAGCAACAGUUCUCACAGUUGGGGUAUUUGACAACAGUCAAAUUGGAGAAAAAGGUUCAAAAGAUCUGAAAAUCGGAAAGGUCAGGAUUCGUAUUUCAACACUUGAAACAGGUCGCAUCUACACUCACUCAUACCCAUUGUUAGCUCUUCAUCCAACAGGGGUUAAGAAAAUGGGUGAAUUGCACUUAGCGAUAAGGUUCACAUGCAUUUCUUUCACAAACAUGCUUUAUCUGUACUCUCGACCAUUGCUUCCAAAAAUGCACUAUGUGAGACCCUUCUCUGUCAUACAACUUGAUAUGCUCCGACACCAAGCCGUUAACAUAGUGGCGGCUCGGCUCGGUCGGGCGGAGCCGCCGCUCAAGAAGGAAGUGGUGGAAUACAUGUCUGACGUGGACUCACACCUAUGGAGCAUGAGGCGAAGCAAGGCGAAUUUCUUCAGACUGAUGACAGUUUUUUCUGGUUCUUUUGCUGUUGGCAAGUGGUUUGGAGAUAUCUGCAUGUGGAAGAACCCUAUCACGACGGUCCUUGUCCAUGUUCUUUUUCUCAUGCUAGUAUGUUUCCCGGAACUCAUCUUACCCACAAUAUUCUUAUACAUGUUUCUGAUAGGAUUAUGGAACUUUCGAUACCGACCAAGGUACCCUCCACACAUGAAUACGAGGAUCUCACAAGCAGAAGCAGUACACCCAGAUGAAUUGGACGAAGAAUUCGACACUUUUCCGACGAGCAGAAGUCCAGACAUAGUGAGAAUGAGGUAUGAUCGAUUGAGGAGUGUGGCUGGGAGGAUUCAAACUGUAGUGGGUGAUUUGGCCACACAAGGAGAAAGGAUUCAAGCUUUGUUGAGCUGGAGGGACCCACGUGCGACCGCUAUUUUUAUCAUCUUGUGCUUGGUUUGUGCGAUGGUGUUUUAUGUUACUCCUUUUCAAGUGGUGGCUGCUUUGACUGGAUUCUACGUCAUGAGGCAUCCAAGGUUUCGUCAUAGGUUGCCUUCUGCACCAAUCAACUUCUUUCGACGAUUGCCUGCUAGAACAGAUAGUAUGUUGUAAAAGUGAUCAAUCAGAAAGACUA